AUGGGCAAUCAUUUUGCUAACCGUUUCUCUUCUUCUUCUCGGAAUACUCAUCAUCAUGAUACGGCCAACAACAACAAUACAAGUUCUACAUCAUCACCUUCUUCUUCUUCUCACUAUCGCAAUAGAUUUAGAAUGAUUUCUGAAUCCAAUGGCGGAACUGAGAAUUUAUCCAGUAGAAAUGCUGCAGAUUUUCUCAAAUUACGGAAACGAAGUAAUAGUACCAAUACGUAUCGAAAGAAUAAUAAUAACAAACAACCAUCAACGACAACAACACCAUCAACACCCUCCAACCAAGAGAAGAAUGGAACAACAUUAUUAAAUAAUCCGAGGGUGAUUGUAGAAGAGCCGAGCGGAAAUACCCAAUCACCAGUAGCUACCACCUCGAGCCAAUCGGUGGGUGUAUUGCCAUAUCAUGGACAUCAUCGAAAGACCACGAGUCAACCACCACCGUUAUCGUUGAUUAUGAAUACAUCAUCCUCUCCUCACUCUUACCAAAACCAUAAUUAUUUAUUGUACAAUUAUACAUUGGCUUCUUCCGCUCCUGCUAGCCCAAUACUGAAUAAUUAUUCCCUGUCACCGAUUAGCAAUAAUGGCGGAAUCAUGUCGACGACAUCAUCACCAUCGAAUAGAGACUCAAAUUUUAUUUCUUCAAGCGCGUUCAGUAAUACAGGUUAUGACACACAUAGUUCUUUGAAUGGUAGCAGUGCCGGUGACACAAACGGACAGUCGUUGACUACCAUGUUCACACCACAGCAACGAGUGGUACAUGAGAAAUUACGACAAACCUUUCCUUCCAUGAAAAAUGUUCCAGAUUAUUUUUUGUCCUACUUUUCAAUUGUUCUUUCAGAUGAAGUGACAUUACGAGAGACAAUUUUCUCAAGCGGAAAUGACAUUUCAUUCUAUUUGGAGAUGCAAUCGAAAAUUGAGGAGCUGUUUUUGAAUGAAGAGGACGAAAAAAACUAUGGAAAAUCACCAAUUGGUGGCUCACAUUCUCAAAAUUUAGUUUCCACACCUUCCUCUUCCUAUACAAAAUCUCCAAUUAUGCACAAUUCUCAUCAACAAAGUAGUUUUGAUAGCGCCAAUUGGGGAAUGCAAAUGACUGAAGAUGGAGAUGUGAGCUAUUCCAAUAAUUAUUCGAUGGGCUAUCUGACAAAUUCUGAGGACUUCAAUGAAAAUAUUACAAGUAAUAUGGGAGAUAUUGGAUUGGGAAAUAAUGAAGUUUCAUCCUCAAUUAUUAAUUAUCAGAGAGACUUUUUGAAUCCUUUUCACAUUAUGGAUCGUACAGAAUUACCAAUUCGAUUUCUCAUUUUACCAAGAAUUUUAAAGAAUGCCUUUUAUGCCAAACAUGAAGUUGCGCAAAUGGUGUCCCCAAUUUUUUCUAACAGAAAUAGUUUGCAUUUCAGAGAUGCUUUUAUUCAAUCCAACGAGUUUGUGAUAUUUGCAGUGGUGGGUUUUUGGAUAUUGGAGUUCUUGCCUUCCUCUAGCAUUAUCAUUCCAAAAUUAAUUUAUGCUUCAUCGGAGCUCUUUUCCAACAUACAAAGCAUUCCUGUGGUAGCAACUAUCAAUAAUUCUGAUGGCUCUGCCAUGAACGCUGUCGCUAAUACCAUCAUUCGAUGGAACACUGGAAAGAAAAAUCCAGACCUAAGUUAUAUGCAUUUUAUUGACGAUUUAUUAGAAUCUCUUUCUGUAAAUUUUAAAUGGAAGCAUAAUUUUACUUUCACGAAUUUUAGAAAUCACAUUUACAACCUAGAAUGGCAAAUACCAAGCCAUUAUAAUUUACUAAAGGUUCCUACACUCACCAACUCAUCCCAGAUCAGAAUGAAAAGUUUGGAAGAUUUUGAAGCUGUUAUUCCAAAACUAAUGCUCACGGUGAGCAAUGAGAUGAUUAUUUCAAAAGGAGCUUGUGAUUACCUGUCAUGCAUUCAAAAGUCGUUCAGUGAGGAUUAUUUCACACUUAGUACCAUAAGGGCUGCAUUACUCUUGAAGGAAUUUGUGAUUUAG